CUCCUCCCCUAAACGUCAGCUGAGCUGAUGGUGACAAAAACAGUUUCUUCGAGCGUCUUAGCUGUUUUAACUUCUUUUGCUACUUGGAAAAAUCCUUGACUAGUAUCAAAGAUCCUGUCAGUAAGAGUCAUCUUACUGACAGGUGUAGGUUACUGACUCACAAAUACAGGCGAAAUGCUGUAAUCCUUUUUACAGUCGGACUUUAAAUCCUCCCUUUGUUUUACUUUCAUUUCCUCGCUUCAAGGUCAACUUUUAAAGCUCUAAGAUGCCAUACGCUGGUGAAGAUGAUGACAGCUGCAGCUCCAUCAGUGAUGACUUCCCUUGCUUUAAGGAGCGUCUGGAUUGCAAGAAGAGAUAUGAUAUAAAAUCUCCCCAGGAAAGUCCUUCUAGUGCCUCGGUGUCCAGCGACGAGCAGCCUGAUGCCGAAACUGACACGAAACAUUCGGACUCUACUGAAGAUGGAAGACACAGCAACUGCAGCUGCUGCUCUGACGAGAGUCGGAAGUCGCCUCUUAAUUUCAGGAGAGAGCAGCCACUGGAUGGCCAGGGCUCUAAUUUGGAUGCAGAGAGUCUAAACUCCCUUCAUGGCCAAAACCCAAGCAAAGAGAAGGAAAGCGAACAGUUUCUCUUACAGCACCAGGACGAUGGGACUCACCUCAACAUGAGCAACAAAAACAUGAGCAGUUUGAACCCAGCUCCGGUGCCCCGUGAUGAGCAACCUACUGCUGAAGCGACAGUCUCAUACCUGAAUCCUCUGCUAGAACAUGGCAGCUGCAGCUCCAUCAGGAAUGAUCUCCCUCUGCGUGAGAAAAAAUUCACCCUGGAUGAGCAAUAUCCUGAUUCAGAUACAGAGAAUCAAAACUUCCUCUCUGAUCAUAAGGCGAGCAAGAAGGAUUAUGAAACCGAAAGGCACCAGGGCAGUGCCUCCGUCAGGAUGUCCAUCUUCAAUCUGAGCAUCGCCAUCAUGGGCAGCGGCAUCCUGGGUCUGUCCUUCGCCAUGGCCAACACCGGCAUCGCCCUGUUUGUGAUUCUCCUGGUUUCCGUUGCCAUUUUCUCCUUGUAUUCUGUCCACUUGUUGCUGAAGACAGCCAAUGAAGCAGGUGCUCUUGUUUACGAGUCACUGGGUUACAAAGCUUUUGGCAUCCCAGGCAAACUGGCUGCUUCCUGCUCCAUCACCAUGCAGAACAUUGGAGCCAUGUCGACUUACCUCUACAUCAUCAAAUAUGAGCUCCCUGUUGUCGUUCAGUUCUUUACUGGAGCCAGUCAUGGUGAAUGGUACAUCAAUGGAGAUUACCUUGUGAUUCUGGUCUCAGUUAUUGUGAUCCUGCCUCUUUCAUUACUCAGGAAUUUAGGUUACCUUGGUUACACCAGUGGUCUCUCUCUACUCUGCAUGGUGAUUUUUCUGAUUGUGGUGAUCAUGAAGAAGUUCCAGACGCCAUGCCCUCUGCCUAAUCCUGGAAAUGAAACCAUGCAUAUGUUCAACAUCACCCCCCACAGCGACAACACCACUACUGAUGAUGAUACUUGCAAACCUAAAUACUUUGUCUUCAACUCACAGACUGUCUAUGCUGUACCCAUCCUCACUUUUGCCUUCAUGUGCCAUCCUACUAUCCUACCCAUGUAUGAGGAGCUCAAAGACCGCUCACGCCGAAAGAUGCAGAAUGUGGCCAACGUUUCCUUCCUGGCCAUGUUCAUCAUGUACCUGCUGGCUGCCCUCUUUGGAUACCUCACCUUCAACAUCCAUGUGGGACCUGAGCUGCUCCACACCUACUCAAGGUACUACAAGGACGAUAUUCUCCUGCUGGUUGUUCGCCUGGCUGUGCUGGCCGCUGUCACACUCACAGUUCCUGUGGUGCUCUUCCCUAUUCAUACCUCAGUCGGCCACCUGCUGUUCCCAGGAAAAGACUUCAGCUGGAUCCGUCACAUUAUCAUCACCCUGAUCCUGCUAGCAGGAACCAGCAUUCUGGUCAUCUUUGUCCCCAGCAUCAGAGAUAUUUUUGGCUUUUGUGGUGCCUCUUCUGCUGUAAUGCUGAUCUUCAUUCUGCCCUGAGCGCUCUACAUCAAACUAGUCAAGAAGGAAUCAAUGAAGUCCGUUCAGAAGAUUGGGGCCACCAUGUUCCUGACAUUCGGCAUGGCCGUCAUGUUUGUCAGCUUGAGUGGUGUCAUCUCUGACUGGGUGUGGAGCAGAGUGUCGGACCAAGACGUUUAAAUCUCCAGCUGCUGGACAUUUACUAAAGCACAGGUGGUUGCAUCAUUAUUUCCUUAAAAGCAGUUUUGACUUAUCAGUUUCACUUUGAAUAGUACCUGUUCAAAAUGUCUACGAUGACUUUUCUCAGUGUCAUUAUCAGGAGUUCCAGAGUGUCUGACUUGAGUUUCACGCUGCUGUUUGUGUGGCAGCUUUACUACUGCUGA